AAUCCGACGAAUCGAUCGCACUUGCCCACGCAGAGGGGAGGAGCCGAGGAGGAAUGGCGACCAUGGGCAAGAGGAAGAGGUCACGCAAGGCGGCGGCGACGGCGGCGGAGGAGGAGCCCGUCGACGGCAAGGACGGCCCCGUGGAAGCCGGCCGCGGAGGAGGAGGAGGAGGGAGGUUCUUCUGCUGCUACCUGCUCCGGUCCCUCUGCCCGCGCCGCAAGAGCGCAACCUACAUCGGGUUCACGGUGAACCCGCGGCGGCGGAUCCGGCAGCACAACGGCGAGAUCCGGUGCGGCGCGUGGAGGACCAAGCGCGGCCGCCCGUGGGAGAUGGUGCUCUGCAUCUACGGCUUCCCCACAAACGUCGCCGCCCUCCAGUUUGAGUGGGCGUGGCAGCACCCGAACGAGUCGCUGGCCGUACGCAGCGCCGCCGCGAGCUUCAAGUCGCUCGGCGGCGUCGGCAACAAGGUCAAGCUCGCCUACACCAUGCUCGGCCUCCCCUCCUGGGAGAAUCUGAACCUGACGGUGAACUUCUUCUCCACCAAGAACACCAAGUUCGCCGCCGGCUGCCCACCUCUUCCGGGCCAUAUGAAGACGGUCAUCUGCUCGAUGGAGGAUCUGCAGUGCUGCACCGAGGGCGUUUCCUCGGAGGAAGAUAGCGUCGAUGAUGAGCCUCCACAGAAUCAAGAACCUGAUGCAACUGUGCGGGCGGAAGAAGAAGAAGAAGUGGGAAUUGAGGGCGGUGAAUCAACCUACAGCGAGUUUGCUCCAAUGGAAUGGAGUCACAUGUUGGGAGAAGCGGGGGCAUUGGAUGAACCCAUAGUGACAGAAUCGCCUGAAAUGCAACCAGUGGAACAUGAAUCUAGAACUACAGCCUCUGCAGUCAGUGAUGCUGAAUGCUCCACUGAUGAGCUUGGUUACAUGCCAUGGAGUGGAAUUCAUGAGGCAAGAACAGAAUCGGAUGGAUCAUCAACAUCGCCUCGGUGUUCAUGGAGCUUGUCCAGUGGUGAUGAGGGUGGAAGAAUGCUAGAUGGUGUGCCACGACAGGUUUGCUCUCCGUUUCCAAAGGUUGGGAGUUCAUUGUCAGAUGAGGGUGACCAUGCUCCUCUCUUCCUUGAUGUCAUAGAUUUGGUUACCCCAGUAGGUCACAGGAGAAAAGGGGCCAAAAUGACUAGAAUUAUUGAUUUGACAAGCUCCCCUAUUGUCAUUGAAUUGUAAACUUGUGAUGUCUUGACAACUUGAUGUACAUCUUGUACUUAAUAAUCUUGUAGUGACAAAACCAUCAAUAUUUGCCUGAUAUGAAAUAAAAGGGAAU